AUGGCGCCAACACAAAACAACAAUCAAUCCGGUCAAGUCUCUCUAGCCGUGUCUCCCUCUGUCAUCGUCGGCAUUGUUAUUGUCGCUGCCUUUGCAGUCAUCAUCGUCAUAGCCAGUGUCUUUCGAUUCUGUGCCGGAAAUGGCGGCGGAUGCGGCAAGAGAAAUAGAUCGACUGGCAUUGGCUAUGAGGCGAGUCAAGCAGGCGCAACACUUGACGCGGAUGUCUUUAAUCCUAACAGACCCCGUUCGGAAGCUCAAAACGCCCGCAUGAGGGAGGUCAGAUGGAUCAACAACUUGUAUGCAUGGCAUAGAGGCAGACAGGCAAGACUGGAGAUUGGAGAAACGAAUCCGCCAGCCAUGCCUAGCGGUGCUGGUCGACUCUGGCAAAAUAGGAACUGGGAAUGGGGCAGCAUCGGCGAGAAUAGCUCGGGGUCGGCAUCACAGGGAUCGGCUUCAGCUUCUGCCUCCUCACGAAAGGUUGAAAUCCAUCAGGCCGAAGACCACGGUAAUGCAGCCCACUCCUACGAUACGGAAGACCCUUAUGCAGAGGCGUCACGCCAACGCUGGAGCGACGGUCACCUCGCACCACCGAUUUCGGUCCGCCACUCCUACCAGACUGGCAGUAGCGACUACAGCGCUUAUUCCCGUCGACAGUCAUCUGUCUUGCUUCCACAUUCGAUGAUGCAUCAGCGCGAUAAUAUGGCUACCGUGUCUCCUGGAAGCCCCAGUCCUCUUCGACAUGAGUAUCAACUCAGCCCCGCAUUGGAUCCAAUUCCUACUCGCCACGAGUCUCCCGAUAUUGAUGAGUUGUUUCCACUCGAGGCCGACGAGAUCAGUAUGUUGGAUGUUGGACAAGGACAGCCGAUUCGGCCGCACUCGAUGGCGCCCAGUCAGCAUACCUGCACGCAAAAUCAUGAUCAAAAGGAGAACUUCCACGUCACUCAGCCCCCGAGGAUCAUCAUAAACGACAGCCAUGAAGUGGAUAUUGCGGCCAGCUCUUCAGGAAUGACAGCCUGGAACGAGCACCAUGCCUUCGAGACCGUGAACUUGAACGACUCUUACGGUGAUAAGGAGAAAACAAGCACUGGUCCCUCGGCGCCACUGCCGGUUCCACCAUUACAGACCGCGGCUCAGCCUGCCGUGUCCUUAUCUGCUGCUGAAGCAUUCCCUGUAUUCCGUUCUGAAGCCCUGCCGGUUUCCCAGUCUUACGCCUCUGUGAGCUCCUAUUAUGAGGAUGAUGCGAGGGACCCAGAUGUCAUACAUGCAGGUGACAGAAAAGAAGUGCAGGUGUCGACUGCGCAGGAAACUCCUCGCAAUGAUCAUACAGAUCCCAUCCAACAGGCAGACGCGACAGUUCCGGUGCCCCACGAAGAUCAGAGUGCUGCAAAUGGCAGAACGGACCUUGCAACAGCCGCUUAUGAGAACAUCCAAGGCAGUCUUGAGAUGGAACCACCGAAGACGCGUCACCCACUCACCAACGCAGCUGAGAUCGAACAGAGACCGCGAAAUGGGUCUGGAGAUGGUGUCAAGACUCUCAUCCAAGAAUGGGAGAAAGUUCACGGUCGAUUUGCACGUGAGUUCUGA